AUGGCUGCGACUAGGCUUACACUUGAGCGCCAAGUCACUGUCAUACGGGAGCAGUUGGCGAGUGUUGUGGAGAUGAUGCAGCGAUACAUGCCACAGAAUAGUGUAGCAAAUGGAGAUGCUAUCAGGUCUCUAACUCCUCGUACGGGAGCUUCACCAACUGGUCCAGCUCGUGUGCAACAAUGUGACUUAGAGGCGAAUCUUGAAGCAGCCAUGAAUGGGAAGGGUCGAUUGAACAUAGAUGUCAAUUUAGGAUUUGGAAAUGAAGGGAAAGCCAUGCAUGUCUGCACACAAAGAAGAAGAUGA